GCUCGCCACGUCGCGGGCGACCGCCGAGCCAUGUCCGUGGUUUCGGCGACCGUGGCGUCCGAUCCGAUGGAGCUGGAGAAGCCGUACUUCCCUAAGAAGCGGGGCCCGAAGAGCAAAGCCGCCAAACGGGCAAAACAGGCUGCCGACCGCAUGUUCACGCGGCACAUGAAGGAGCUGAAGAAGUUGGCGAAGUGUGACACCGAGAAUGAGGUCACGCCCGAGGCGAAGGAGUUCAUGAAAAAGUACACCAGCACUCACAGCUCCACG